UUCCGCCAAAACAUAGAUCUCUCUACCUCAUGUACCUUGUAGCUUUGCCUACCUACUUUAGCAAUAUAAAAAAAAAGGUAAGAGCUUCAAGAUUAAAGUCAACAUUUGAAUACCGUUGCAAUCCGACCAGUAUACACUAUAUACAACAACAUCUUUUCGCGCCGUACAUCUAUAUAUUAGAAAUCAAUUUCACUCUUACUCCGUGGUAAUACUGGUUGGAAGCAAAAACAAAGCAGACAUGUCCGCCGAAAAACGACCUGCGCCUGAUGACCCAGGUGCAGGCCAAUUGGUUGUCAAGAGACAGAAGCCCGGCACCAGCACCGCAUUAUCUCGCCGAGAUGGAGGCUCUGGAUCCAGCGCAUUGGUUCAAUCGACCGUCCGGACGAGUAACUUAGAAGCGCCAUUGAUGGAACUCUCAGGGCACUCUGGAGAGAUCUUUUCCGCCAAAUUUAAUCCUGCAGGAGGGCUAAUUGCUUCAGGUUCCAUGGAUCGAAGUAUUUUGCUUUGGAAAUCCGAGGGCGCGUGCGAAAACUACGGCGCGUUAACGGGUCACCGAGGCGCAAUCUUGGAUCUACAGUGGUCUCGCGAUUCGGAAAUAUUAUACUCUGCCUCAGCCGACAUGCAUCUUGCGAGCUGGGAUUUAACUUCUGGGACCAGGAUACGACGAUAUAUCGGCCACGAGGAAAUAAUCAAUACUGUCGACAUAAGCAAGCGAGGAGAGGAAUUUUUAAUUAGUGGAAGUGAUGAUGGCACUAUAGGCAUAUGGGAUCCCCGGUCGAAGAACGCCGCCGACUUCAUAGAGACCGAGUUCCCAAUUACUGCUGUGGCGGUUGCGGAGGCUGGCAACGAGAUCUAUUCGGGCGGAAUCGACAACGAUAUCAAGGUCUGGGAUAUGCGGAAGAAGGCCGUCGUUUACUCUAUGCUGGGUCAUAACGAUACGGUAACUAGCCUGCGCGUCUCUCCCGACUCGCAAUCGUUGCUGUCAUACUCCCACGACUCGACGGCGAAAACCUGGGAUAUAAGACCGUUCGCACCUACCGAGCGGCAUAUCCGCACAUUCGAUGGAGCGCAGACGGGCAUUGAGAAGAACCUGGUACGAGCUAGUUGGGAUAAGGCUGGCAAGAAGAUUGCAGUAGGCGCCGGCGACGGGACUGUGGUCAUAUGGUCUAAUGAUACCGGCAAGCUUCUUUACAAGUUGCCGGGUCACAAGGGUGUAGUUAACUGCGCCGAAUUCACUCCUAGUGAGGAGCCCGUCAUUCUGUCUGCUUCUUCUGAUCGAAGAAUGCUGCUUGGUGAGCUGCGUUGAUAGCUCUUAAAUACAACGAGAAGGAUGCGAAGAUGAUCAGACCACCAUUUGCGUUCGAGUAACCACGUUUGAUCAUAGCCUUACGUCACAGAUACCCCGAUGACUGGACCCCUGAUUUCGGGUCGUCAUCCACACGUUUGAUCUAGUUUGAUCUAGACUUGUGGCUCGUUCGAUGAUCGAUGGUGGGUGUCGGGGUACUAUCCCCGAAGAUUUAGGAAGACCUUGUGCUCAUCUUUGGGGAGUGCGACGACAUGGCCCCGACUAGUCGAGACUGAUACUACCUACGAAGAUAUCUACAUAGAAAUAGGAAGCCCGACAUAGGCCCUAUUCAUCGAGCUUAAUAGCCUAGUAUUAAACCUAUAUGAAGAUCGUAACAAUACAUCAUAAACGCCUACUUUCGUAGUACUACAUCUGUAUGUAGGUUCUUUUUUUUUUUUUUUUUUUUU